CGCCGGAAGUGUGCUGUGGCGAAAGCGAGGAAGUCAGAGUGCUUGCAGUCACCGCUAGUUAUUUUAGCUAGCGACUGCUGUCAUGACGACCCAGGGGGGCCUGGUAGCCAACCGAGGCCGGCGAUUCAAAUGGGCCAUUGAGCUUAGUGGGCCGGGAGGAGGCAGCAGGGGCCGAAGCGACCGUGGCAGUGGACAGGGAGACUCACUUUAUCCAGUCGGUUACUUGGACAAGCAAGUGCCUGAUACCAGCGUGCAAGAGACAGACCGGAUCUUAGUGGAGAAGCGCUGCUGGGAUAUCGCCCUGGGUCCCCUCAAACAGAUUCCCAUGAACCUCUUCAUCAUGUACAUGGCAGGCAAUACCAUCUCUAUCUUCCCUACUAUGAUGGUGUGUAUGAUGGCCUGGCGACCCAUUCAAGCACUCAUGGCUAUUUCAGCAACUUUCAAGAUGCUGGAGAGUUCAAGUCAGAAGUUUCUUCAGGGUUUGGUCUAUCUCAUUGGGAACCUGCUGGGCUUGGCACUGGCUGUUUACAAGUGCCAGUCCAUGGGACUGUUGCCUACACAUGCAUCAGAUUGGCUAGCCUUUAUUGAGCCCCCUGAGAGAAUGGAGUUCAGUGGUGGAGGAUUACUUUUUUGAACCCAGGAAAGCUGCACCUGGUAUAUGGGCCUCAUUUGCAUUGUUUAAGCUAAUGCUCACCUAAAACAGUCACGCAUGUCGAGAAGAACCAAAACCUGCCUUUUUUUCCCAUGGUGAGAAGACAGAUUCUACAAGGACAUUAUGCAGCAUGUGACGGCAGAAAAGAAACUAUAGCACAACCUGACUGAAAAUAAUGUAGAAAACUUUAUUUAUGUUCCCAGCACAGAGCAAAACAAACAAAACCAGAGUCUAUGUAAACAAAAGAAUAGCAGCUGCUGAGUAGCAGCAUCUCCUUUCAAUAAAUUAAAUGGUCGAGAACAAUGCUUUACAAGUUUCACAAGUUCCCCUUAAAUCUAUUUUAAUAUUACACGUCUAUAUCGCAUAAGCAGACUUUUUUGGAAGAUGUGAGAAACUAAUGCUGGAUUCAAAUUAUACAUGAUGAAAAGAAAAAUAAACCAGGAAAAAAAAAAGCAUGUAAAUAUGCUUACAGUGUAACUUAUUUUAAUAUCCACAAUAAGGAACAUUUUUUAACAUUUAGGGGGAAUAAGGAUUGGUGGGAUCCUUGGGGCCACAAAAAAAGAAGCAACGGAAGAUGAACAGUGACUUUUCCUCUCCCACCAGGAAGCUGCCACCUGUCAAACAGGCCCUGCAGUUCAGACUCCAGCUUUUAAGGUAGCUAUGGAAGGCUGAGGGCUAGGGGAGGAGAAUGAAUGUUACA